GCCAACUAGUUUCAACUCCGCACCGAAACCAGCAAGUUGAACUCCACGCCCAGCAAAUUGAAUUGGUUAACUCAACAGCCAAAGAUUAUCCGCUCCAAAAACAAGCUAUCCCCCUCGAAGUUAGUAAAGCCAUUCAUGAUUUUUUUGAUCAAGAGGGCUUUUAUUAUAUUCCCACCCCGAUUAUUACCAGCAACGAUACCGAAGGAGCCGGCGAAUUAUUUACCAUCCAACCCAAGGAUUUUUUUCACCAGUCCUCCCAAUUAACUGUCAGCGGCCAACUCCACGCCGAAGCCCUGACCCAAGGACUAGGCAAAGUUUACACUUUCUCACCCUGCUUUCGAGCGGAAAAGUCUCAUACUACUCGCCACUUGGCUGAAUUUUGA